AUGCAGGGUGGUUUUAUCUCCCGCUGGCAGGCGGCCGCCGGGCUCCUCUUGUGUGCCACGGUUUUUGCAUCCUCCGAGAGAGCAGUCUUCACGAAUCAUUUCCUUGUGGAGUUGCAUAAAGGGGGAGAGGAAGAAGCUCGCCAAGUUGCAGCAGAACACGGCUUUGGAGUCCGAAAGCUCCCCUUCACUGAUGGCCUGUACCACUUCUAUCACAAUGGCCUUGCAAAGGCCAAAAGAAGACGCAGCCUACACCACAAGCAACAGCUGGAAAGAGACCCCAGGGUAAAGAUGGCCUUGCAACAGGAAGGAUUUGACCGGAAAAAGCGAGGGUACAGAGACAUCAAUGAGAUCGACAUCAAUAUGAAUGAUCCUCUUUUUACAAAGCAGUGGUAUCUGAUAAACACAGGGCAAGCUGAUGGAACUCCUGGCCUUGAUUUGAAUGUGGCAGAAGCCUGGGAGCUGGGAUACACAGGAAAAGGCGUGACCAUUGGAAUUAUGGAUGAUGGGAUUGACUAUCUCCACCCGGACCUGGCCUCCAACUAUAAUGCAGAAGCAAGUUAUGACUUCAGCAGCAAUGACCCCUAUCCUUACCCUCGAUACACAGAUGACUGGUUUAACAGCCACGGGACCCGAUGUGCAGGAGAGGUCUCCGCCGCCGCCAACAACAAUAUCUGCGGGGUGGGAGUGGCGUACAACUCCAAAGUUGCAGGUAUCCGGAUGCUGGACCAGCCCUUCAUGACAGACAUCAUCGAGGCCUCCUCCAUCAGCCACAUGCCCCAGCUGAUAGACAUCUACAGUGCCAGCUGGGGCCCCACGGACAACGGGAAGACAGUGGAUGGGCCCCGGGAGCUCACGCUUCAGGCCAUGGCCGACGGCGUGAACAAGGGCCGCGGGGGCAAAGGCAGCAUCUACGUGUGGGCCUCCGGGGACGGUGGCAGCUACGAUGACUGCAACUGCGAUGGCUAUGCCUCAAGCAUGUGGACCAUCUCCAUCAACUCGGCCAUCAACGAUGGCAGGACUGCCCUGUAUGACGAGAGCUGCUCCUCCACCUUGGCCUCCACCUUCAGCAACGGGAGGAAGAGGAAUCCCGAGGCCGGUGUGGCAACCACAGAUUUGUAUGGGAACUGCACUCUGAGGCAUUCUGGGACAUCUGCUGCUGCUCCCGAGGCAGCUGGCGUAUUUGCACUGGCUUUGGAGGCGAACCUGGGUCUAACCUGGCGAGACAUGCAGCAUCUGACCGUGCUCACCUCCAAACGGAACCAGCUUCAUGAUGAAGUCCAUCAGUGGCGACGGAACGGAGUCGGCCUGGAGUUUAAUCACCUCUUUGGUUACGGGGUCCUGGACGCAGGCGCCAUGGUGAAAAUGGCUAAAGACUGGAAAACCGUACCUGAGAGAUUCCACUGUGUGGGAGGCUCCGUGCAGGCCCCUGAGAAAAUUCCACCCACUGGCAAGUUGGUGCUGACCCUCACAACCGACGCGUGCGAAGGGAAAGAGAAUUUCGUCCGCUACCUCGAGCACGUCCAAGCGGUCAUCACAGUCAACGCCACAAGGAGAGGAGACCUGAACAUCAACAUGACCUCCCCGAUGGGCACCAAGUCCAUUCUGCUGAGCCGGCGGCCCCGGGACGACGACUCCAAGGUGGGCUUUGACAAGUGGCCGUUCAUGACCACCCACACGUGGGGAGAAGACGCCCGGGGAACCUGGACCCUGGAGCUGGGGUUUGUCGGCAGCACGCCCCAGAAGGGGGUGCUGAAGGAGUGGACCCUGAUGUUGCACGGCACACAGAGCGCACCCUACAUCGACCAGGUGGUGAGGGAUUACCAGUCUAAGCUGGCCAUGUCCAAGAAGGAGGAGCUGGAGGAAGAGCUGGACGAAGCCGUGGAAAGAAGCCUGCAGAGCAUCCUGAGCAAGAACUAG